AUGGGGGAUUCGGAGAUACCAAACGGACUUAAUGUCAAUGGCUAUGGUCACAACUACGACUACCCGCCAUCGCACAUCGACGGCCCCUACAAAAUUCUCGAUCAAUAUCAUUCCAAGCCAGCCAAACUGCGAGUAGCAUGUGUCGGCGCGGGUGCAUCGGGGCUCUGUUUGGCCUACAAGAUGGAGAAGAUGCUGGAGCCUGGAUCUUGGGAGUUGACGCUGUAUGAGAAGAAUGCGCAGUUUGGUGGAACCUGGUAUGAGAACACGUACCCAGGUGUCGCAUGCGACAUUCCAUCGCACGACUACAACUUUACUUGGGAUCCGAAACCCGACUGGUCCACCUUCUUCGCGUCAGGGAAGGAGAUCCAGGGAUACUUUGAGGACUUCGCGGAGAGACAUGGAAGCAAGAAGUACAUGCAGUUGAACAGCAGGAUUGAGCAAGCGAAUUGGAACGAUGAGGAUGGUUGCUACAGCCUUACUAUCAGAAACCCAAAGACUGGCUCGAUGAGAAAGGACUGGGCGCACGUCCUGGUGAACGGCUCAGGUAUUCUCAACAACUGGAAGUGGCCCGAUAUUGAAGGCCUGCAUGACUUCAAGGGACCCGUCCUCCACUCCGCAUGCUGGGACCACAGCGUCGACUUCAAAAACAUCAAUGCGGCCGUCAUCGGCGUCGGUUCGACCAGCGUCCAGAUCGUACCUUCACUUCAAAAGGUCGUGAAGGGACUAGAAGUCUACAUGCGGAGUCCGACAUGGAUAUCGCCUCCUUUCGGUGCUGGUGCACUCAACGAUGAUCUGCAAAAAGGGCAAGACGUCGACCCAGGGCAACGACAGUACACUUUCACCGAAGCUGAUAUCAAAAAGUUCAAGGAAGACCCAGAGUAUCACCUGGACUUCCGGAAGAAGAUCGAAGCAGAGAUCAACAGCUUGUUCGGAAUGUAUCAGCAAAACUCUGAACUCCAAAACCAAUUCAAAGACGUCAUUACCAAGGAGAUGCAUCGUCGCAUGGGCCCCGGUCACGAGAAACUCAAAGAGUUCAUCAUUCCCAAAUGGUCAGUCGGCUGCCGGCGCAUCUCGCCCGGCGAUGGUUUUCUCGAAGCUCUAGUGCAAGACAACGUUACUCCAGUUUUUGACGGCAUCGAACGAGUAGUUCCAGAAGGUAUCAAAACCCGCGACGGCAAGAUCCACAAACUCGAUGCCAUUGUCUGCGCUACCGGCUUCCAAGUCGCGUUCCAGCCCGCCUUCACGGUCCGCAACGGUUCCAACGUAUCUAUCAAGGAAGACUGGACCAACGGUCCCAACCUCUACAUGGGUGUUUCCGCUCCCCGAUUCCCGAACUUCUAUACUAUAGUUGGGCCAGGUGCGACAUGGAGUAAUGGUACACUCAUACCUUCGAUCGAAACAACUGUAGAGUAUAGCAUCAAGUGCAUGAAGAAGAUGCAAACCGAGGGUAUCAAGGCUAUGAGCGUGAAGCAGGAUGCUCUAGAUGAAAUCUAUGCGCACUUUGAUGAGUUCCACAAGACGACAGUGUGGCAAGAAGAGUGUCGGAGUUGGUUCAAGAACGGGCAGAUCAAGAACAGGAUUUAUCUGUGGCCUGGUGCUGAGCGACAACCGAUGGCUAGCGAGAGAGGAACGGCAGCUGAAGAAAACAUGAGCGAACAGCGUCCGGAUAUACAGGAACCAGCUCCCAAAGCUGGCAGCAAGCAGGAGCAGAGCACAUCGGAAAAAGGUUCCUCAAAGGGCAAAUCUUCAAAACCUCGACACAGGGCGUCUGUCGCUUGCGCUUCGUGUCGAGACCGCCGGAUCCGCUGUGUAGUACCUCCGGGCGACAAGGAAUGCACACAGUGCAAACGAUCGGGUGUGGAAUGCGUUAUCAAAAACGACGACGAACGACGACGACCGAUUUCGAGAGCAUAUAUGUGUUCUCUUACCGACCGUGUUGCACUACUAGAGACGAUGCUCAAAGAACGAGGCGAAGAGUUACCACCAGCGAAUCACCCUCCCAAAACCCGCCAUAAUCCCCAGCUCGACGAAGACGGCACAUCUCCCAGCCGCAAAAUCAGUGAUAACCAAGUGGCCAACGAAGAAAACAACUCUAGCCCAGGCAGUCAAUCCAGUCCUCAAGACGACUAUUGCGUAUUUGAACAGCACGAGAUGAACACAAAUAGCCCGCGUUUUUCGAAUGGUGACGCAGAGAGCGCUGGCUCACCGUCCAUACUACCACCCCCAAAGAAAGAUGGCAUGGUGAAUCGCCUUCUCUCCACUCGCGGUCAUCUCAGCUUUGAUCAACUGAACGGCCGCCUUCGAUACUUUGGUCCAACAACAAACUGCCACGUUCACUCCGAGUCGAUCAACCCCUUCGGCGCAACGCAAGAAAUGAAUGAGCAGGCUCGACGCGCUGACAAAAUUAACCGUUCUCUUCCUCUGGAGACGUACGAUUAUCUCAUGGAACUGUUCUGGCAAUGCUACAACCCUGUUAUCCACGUUCUACACCAGGAUGCCUUUAACGAAGAUCGCGAGAUGGGUCGCACACAGUUUUACUCCGGUUUCCUGCAUGUCUGCGUCUUGGCUAUGGGUUACCGCUUUGCGAAUAAGGAAAGGCUUGACAUAAGAAGGAUCGGUCUACCCGGUAUGGAGAGCACGCUGCAUCGCGAAGCAAAGUACAUGCUUGACCAUGAGUUGGAACGACCAGGUGGGAUACCGAGCGUAGUUGCCCUACUUCUGCUUGGCGAUCUCGAGUGCGGUGUUGGGAGGGAUAACUUGGGCUGGAUGUACGGCGGGAUGGCUGUGCGACUUGCUUUCGACAUUGGACUCCAUCUUGAUACACGACUCUCAGGUCUCCCAGAACGCGAGGUCGAGAUCCGUCAAAUGACUCUCUGGGCAUGCGUCAUCUACGACAAGUACUGGGCACUUUUCUUGGGUCGUCCGACGUCCAUGAAAUCUUCCGAUCUUGAGAUAUACCACUUGACAAAGCAGUUUGAACGACUCGGUACCUGUCGCCCUGCCGGAUUAGGAAAAAGUAUGGAGACUAUGAUCUACGAAGCACUUCUCGACCUUAUGGAGCUCGCUGGCAAGAUCACGGAAAACAUGGAUCCACAUCGCUCGCAAAACGCUACUUCUGACUCACACGCCGCCGUGGAUCGAAACCAAUAUAUGCGCAUGGCUGCGCUAGAUCGCGAGUUUAGCAGUUGGUACGCUAGAUUGCCGGAACAGUUGCGCUGGACACCAGCCAAUAUCGCAACGGCGCCGUUCUCGUUUUUCUUAUUACAUCAGCAAUACCAUGCCAGUUUGAUCCUGCUCCACCGGCCGUUCGCAUUGUAUGAAGACCAAGCGGGCAACGAGAGUGGACCUGACGAUCAUUUCUCCGCACUAAGCAGGACAGUAUGCACCAAACAUGCUAUUCGCGUAGCUAGAAUAUACUGGCAACAUCGACAACGAUUCGAUACGAAGCAGAUUUUCGUAACAGGCAUGCAACACGCGGGCACAGCAGCAACCGCCCUCGUAGCAGCCCUAGCAUUCAUAAAAGACCCUACCUCCCGUGCAAACAACAUGCAAUACCUCGAAUGCCUCUCUGCAGCGCUCUCUGACAUGGCAUCCACAUACCAGCCCGCAGAACGCAUGUCUACCGUCCUCCGCGCCGUAAUGGUUGAAUUACGCGGCGGCCCUGAACCCCCAAAUUCCACUUCCUUCAACUUGUACAAACCCACAUCCUCGACUGUCCCCGCACGAAGAGGCAGCACGAUAGACAUGGAUUCCGACAUGCCCGACAGCCAACAAUGGGCGAAGAAAAGACAAACCAGCCGCGGAAGACCGCGAGCAGGUACGGGUGGAAACAGGAAAACGAGAACGAUGAGUAUGAGUACUACGAUGAGUAUACCAUCAUCAUCAGACCACGGAAGACAACACAACGGGCUCAGCAUCAAAGCUCCCCCGCCGCCUCGCUUCGACGACCCGUCAGGUCAGAAUAACGACGGGUAUAUUCUAGUGACGCCACGUUCGGAACUCGGUAGUAAAGGCUGGCCCAACUUAUCUGAGCCUCCCGAGCUUUCGCACAGCUUAUCUACCCCUUCUACUACCACAGUAUCUUCUUCCCAUAAUGCGAAUCGAAACUCGGGCGCGUGGAUGGGAGCGGAUUUCGAUCCGCAGGAUUCGAUUUCACAACUUGCUAAUGCGCAUUUCCCUGAGCUGAACGCGUUCGACGAUCUUGGUACCGGGGGUGGCGUUGACGGUAAUGGUUGUGGGAUUGAGGGCGUUAAUUUGGAUUUCAUGCCACUUGGCGAUGGAACCGAGUGGAGUCUGCCCAAGGAAUGGAGUGGAGCGAGUGAUUUAGAUGGACUGAGUGCUUUUGAUAUGUAG